AUGUCUGUGGGCUAUGUCCUGGAUCCCACAUCCUUCUCCCAGGACAUUGGGAAGAGCUUACUUCAUGAGACAGCUGAAAUAGAAGAGAAACUGAAAAAAACAUUUCGGAUGCUUGAUGUUGAUCUGACCCCGACAAUCACAAAGGGUGAAUUCGGGAGAGUCAUUGAAACCUUUCUCUUCCUUCUAACAGAAGCUUACUUUGACGCUGUGCUGGCAGAGGACGAACAGUCAGAAUCGCCAAAUAAUGAUGUGAAGUCAGCUAGAAUCCAUGCUCAAGGAGAAAGUAUGUUGAUGAGGAUCGCAAAGAAUGUGAAAAACAUUACCAGGUGCUGCAGACUUUUUUACUACAGCCACACAGGAUGGAUAUAGAGGCAUACAAUAAGGCAAAUCCUUGGGAUGACCUGUUUCAGGAUGAAGGACUCAGAGAAGUUAGCCUCACGUUUUGGGCAGGAUCAUAAUUCAAUUGUUACAAAUGAGAAGCUGAGGCAAGAGCUGUGUUCAGCCUAUCAGGACAUUGAAAAAACCUUCAGAGCAAUUGAUGUCAGUCAGAGUGGAUUUGUGUCUCUGGAUCGCUUGAAGUCAGUCAUAAAUGGUUUUAUAUUUCCUUUGUCAAAUGAAAUUUUUCAAGAGCUAAUGAAUGGGCUUGGACUGAAAGCCACAGGUAAACUUGCUUGGCAACAAUUCUUACAACAAUUCCAGGGUCCUGGGAGAACCUUUGAAAACAGGCAGACAAUUCCUAAACGAGAUGGAAAGAUCACAAGAAAUUACCUUCAUCAUGUUUUAUGUAACUUGGUGUUUCAAAUGAAAAACAAAGACUUCCAGGACUUAAUUGAGAUAAUUGAUCCAGAACAAUACCUUGACUACCAUGAAUUUUUAGGCUUGUUUAAGGAAAAAGAAUGCUGUGGCAAAGCUGGUUAUGUUUUGGUAAAUUUUUAUGCUCUGCAUACAGUUGUUGCCAACAUCAAAUCAAGCAGAUUGAAUAUCAAGCUAAAAAAAUGCACCCAGAAUAGAACUUUUGAUGAAGUAAUUAGAAGGCUGAAGGACAGAGUGAUACAAAAAGCAGCAACUAUUAAAGACAGCUUUUUUGUCUGUAACAAGCAAUUACAUGGGAAAAUUAGUAACACUGGCUUGCAGAAGGUGUUGGAAGAUCAUGACAUGCCAGUGGAUGACAAUCAAUUUAAUCUAGUAACAGAAAAGCUAGGGUUACCAGAUGGAGGGUUGAGUUAUCUAGAUUUUGUGCUUACAGUGGAUGAUUUUAUAGUAGUGGUGUCCAGCAACUUUUUCUGUUAUGCCAGUUUGAAUGGGCCAGGAGCUGUGCUAUGUAACAGCCCAAACCACAGAGUAAAUGAUGUUAUUCACUACAUGAGUGCUGAAGAAUGUCUCAGUCAACUUAAUGAUAAACUGAUGGAAGUCUACGGGGACACCUAUUCUGCCUUCCGUAAGACAGACAGUACUCAUGACGGUAUCAACAUGCUUGACUUCCAGCAACUCUUGGGCAGCUUUCUGCUUCAUCUUAGAGAUGAGGAAUUCCUUUGUCUCCUUGGUUUGUCAGGAAUGAACCUGACCUCCAUGUUAAAUUACAAAGAAUUCUGUCAACUGUUCCACACCCAAGAAAUUAUGGAGGAACCUCCUCAGCUCAUGCCACCUCAUAAAAAAAGCCAGAUGAUAACGGAUGCAGAGCUAGCUUGUGAUCACGCUCAUUACUACCUUGUUAUCAAAGCAAGAACCAGAUGGCAUGACCUAGCAGGGAGUUUCCAGGAAUUUGACAGUGAAGGAAAUGGCAUUAUACAGCCGAGGGACUUGAAGAAAGUCAUGUUCAGAUUUGGCAUUCCAAUCACCCCGAAAGAAUUUAAGCAGCUUUGGGCAAGGUAUGACAACUCUAAAUUAUUAGCUCUUAAGAAGCAGUCAAAGCAGAAACAGCAAACUAAAGCUCUGCAUGUAAAAUAAAUUAAAAAGCAGAUCAAGGAUAAAUUUAGGGAUUACUUCCAAGAUUUCAAGAAGGCCUUUCAUAAAGCAGACAAAAAUAGAGAUGACUAUGGCACACUAUGCGACCUGCACAGGAUACUACAAAAAUUCAACCUUGAUCACAAUCAAUUGAACAGUAUUCUAAACAGUUUAGGAAUCAACAUUCAUGACAGCAAGCUCUCUUAUUUUGAUUUCCUAAGUGCAGUUGAUGAUGGCAGAGCAUCUAAAUACCAACAGAGACAAAAGCAGGAUACACCACCUGCAAGUUGUGCAGUGCUUAGUUCAGAACAGACCCUAAUUAAGAUAAAAGAAAUAGUUGCAUCAUCUUAUGAUCUGUUGUACAAGGUAUUUCCUCUAUUUGAUAAAGAAGGUACUGAAGUAAUUAAAACACUAGAAUUUCAGCAAGUACUUGACCAUUUCUGCUUCAAAUUAUCAGACAAAGCAGUUCAGGCACCUUCUCAACCUUCAACUGCAUCAUUUAGCUGUAGUAUCCCUACUGUGGAUGACCAGAUUAAAAAAUAUUACAGUAUCUCAAAAAAGGAGUUCUGGGAUAUAUGUAACCAACAUUUCCAGCAGCUGACUGAAGAACAAUUUGAGAAUCUUUGGAACACGGUGGAUAUACCAGCAUCCAGUCGUCCUCAAAAAACUUGUUCUGCACAUGACCUUGACUGCAAAACAAUAGAAAAUCAGAUAAGAAAGAAAAUCAAACAUUCCUGGAAAGGGAUACUGAAAGUGUGCAAAGAGAAGGAUAUCAGCAAUGUAGGAGAAAUCCCAGUGUCAGACUUCCUAGAUAUAGCAAGGAAAUUCAGUUUGGAUUUAAGUGAAGGGGAGAUUAACCAAAUAACAGCAAAAUAUGAUUCCAAGAAAAAUGGAAGAUUUGCAUACUAUGACUUUCUUCAGAGUUGUGUCUUGUUCUUAAAACCACAGGAAGGCUCACUGCUGAAGAGGGUGAUGAUACAGAAGCCACAAAAGCCGCUGAGUCCUGGACCACCAACCACACCAUUUCUCAGUGCAAUGCUGAGAAUUCAGCCCAAGAUCCUGCACUGCUGGAGACCAAUGAAGCGAACUUUUAAAUCCCAUGAUGAAACUCGUAGCGGUCUGUUAAAUGUUUCAGAUUUCAGACAAGUUCUUCAUGACUACAACAUUGACCUAACUGAAGAGGAGUUAUUCAACUUUUUGGAAUACUAUGAUAAAAAUUUGACUUCAAAAAUAUCCUAUAAUGAUUUUCUCCAGGCAUUCAUACAGUAG